AUAUAUGUGAAAUGGUUUGAUACAGUAAUGUUAUACUAUUUGAUUUUAGUGAAUGUCACUUUUUGUCAUUUUUUAAUUUCCCGCCGUUCCGUCCCCCAUACGUCCCGACGCUCACAGGGGACGGAACCCAGAAGACAGAUGCCGGCAUCCGCCGGAUUACAUUGCUGGGGACACUGCAGGAGGGACAUCGCGGGAGCACAGGACAAGGUAAGUGAUCGAGGGAUCGUGGAGCAGCGCCGCAUAGUAUUCCCGAGUGUAGCUCGGGGUUACCGCUUGUGCUACACUCGGGAAUACCGCCAGGGAGGU